AUUAGUUUGUCUCUAGGUAUGGCUAGGUUUCAGUUUUUCUCCUGCUGUAGAUCUAGUAAGGUGCAUAUCCCAUAUUCGAAGAGAGAUGGUUAUGCAGGCCGAGCUGAAUCUCCACAACGUUUUGAAGCAGACGAAGCUGAAUUUCAAAAUAGUGUUGCCAAUGUUCGUGUAUUCGAAUCAAGGGAGCUUAUUGUCGCCACCGAUAAUUUCAACCCAGGACGUUUUCUAGGCGAAGGAAGAUUGGGACGUGUGUAUAAGGGGAUUCUCGAAGACGGACAGGAAGUCGCGGUGAAAAGGUUUUAUGAGCAGCCAGAUUUGUGGGCGGAGGUUCGAAUGCUCAGCUGCCUUGUCAAGAUGAUUGGAUACUGUGAUAAAAGAAAAUAUCAUAUUAUUGUUUGUGAAUUUAUGCCAUUACGGUCAUUGAACCUUCAUUUACAAGACCUUAAACUUGGGAAAAAGCCUCUAGACUGGAAGACUAGGAUGAAGAUAGCACAGGGUGUUGCCAAAGCUUUAGAGUAUCUGCAUGAUCCUCCAAUAAUAUAUAGUGGCUUGAAAAGUACCGGCAUUUUACUCGAUGAAAAUUAUAAUCCAAAGCUGUCAGAUUUUUGCUGUGCAAAACAUGGUCCUAUAUGGGUUUACACCACGAAUGAUAAAAGCCUGUCAUAUGGUUAUAUUCCUCCAGAGUAUGCUCUGUGCGGAAAACUCACUUUGAAAUCUGAUAUCUAUAGUUUUGGCGUUGUUUUGCUGAAGUUGAUCUCUUGGAGGAAGGCACUUGAUGAAACCAAAUUUUAUACUGCUGAAAAAUGGCAUAUUGUUGCAUGGGCACGGCCAUUACUUGGGGACAGUAAGAAGUUCCCAGAAAUUGUUGACCCACUCAUGAAAGGACAGUAUCCGUACCGCGGGCUUGGACAAGCUCUCAAUCUUGUGAAAAUGUGUCUACAACAAGAAGAAGCUCACAAAAGACCACGUAUAGCAGAAGUUGUGACUUGUGACUACUCUUUCAAGUAUAAUCUCCCAAAUUUAAGAAGCACAGGGUACCCCUGGUGUUGGUUGCCUUUGUUUUUCAAUACUAGCUUAUUAGAGGAGCUAGCUUCCAAAGGCUCAUUGUCGUAG